AUGGCGGGGUUUCCAGCCACAGUAGCGGUGGUCUCCUCGUUCGUCCAGCUCGUGGACUGUUCUGCCACAAUCACUUGCCGCAUCAUCGAUUACAUCUGCCAAGCUGAACGUGUCCCAGAACAUCUGAGCAGACUUCGUGGACAACUACCUCUUUUUGCCAUGGUCCUGCAAAGCCUUCAAGACCCAGCAGUUCAACGUGCGCUCACGUCGGAGGACGGAUCCAGAAUGGACACGUCGAUAGCUCAGAUCAUGUCCCGGUUGACUGACUUAGAGGCCAUGGUGUUCAGACUGUCUGAAGGAAGCGCGAAAGCGCUCGAAAAACUCAGUAGUGAUAUUGAAAACGAUGCCAAACUCAUGAUGAUCUACGCAACUCUGGUCCUGUCGUUUCAAGCUGUGAAACUUAGUCUCCAGUCGUCGAUGGAGUAG